AUUUUCAUUUUUUUAGAUAGUGAUUGUGCAUUGAGAAAGUGAUGAAAUGUAAUGAUAAUGUCUGGUUAGAUUGGCAGAAGAAAACAAAGAAUGUGUAGCUGGAGCUAACGCAGUAAAAAUUUGAGUAAGAAAAAUGAGUUAUUGAAUGAUGAAAUUUUGUGGGCCUGUUCUGUUAAAAAUGUUAUUAUCAGGUAGGACACACGGUUAACUGGGUUUUGUUGGAAUUAGAAAUUACAUUUUGAGUAACUACUAUUAUUGUUGAUUGUAGGUUUCUGGGUUUUUCUCUUUGUUUGGUUUCUUUAUUGUCUCUUUUAUAUCUCACUAUCCAAAACCCUAAUUACCAUCACUGUUCAAUUCACCAUCGCUUUAAUUUCUGUCAGCAAUUCACAAGCGUCCAAUUUUUUGAAUUGCGGGGCAAAUCACCAUUGAAUUCUUCACGUUCACUGCUGGGGUUUUGUGAUUUUUAUUGGAGGUGAUCUCUGGUUCAGCACUCUUGGCCUCUUUUGGGGUUCCUCUGUUUUUUUCUCUUCUUCCUUACUUCUAUAGCCUGACACAUCCUUUUUUUCCCAUAAUUUAAGUAUAUCAUCCAUCCAGUUGGUGAUGCCAAAUAUAGAAAUAAUUCAGAUCCAAAUUUCAAGAGCUGUUCUAGAAAAUUCCCGCUUUUAGAGAUUGGCUUAUAGGUUAGCCCAUCUUUUAAAGCACCUUUGCAGAUUUCUUUCCUUGUGUUGUGAGUGUGUUCUGGAUAGGGGAUUCAAACACAUCUAGAUGACCGUGGAUGAAGUGGGUUGUAGCUCUUUGUGGACCAGAGAGCAGGAUAAGGCAUUCGAGGAUGCGCUUGCAACAUAUCCUGAGGAUGCUCUAGAUCGGUGGGAGAAAAUUGCAGCUGAUGUACCUGGGAAAACUCUAGAAGAGGUUAAAGUUCACUAUGAACUUCUGCUUGAAGAUUUGAAUCAGAUUGAAGCUGGUUGUGUGCCUCUGCCUAACUAUUCAGAGGGUUCAGCGAGCCAUGCUGGCGAUGAAGGAACUAGUAAGAAGAGUGGCCACCUGGGGCAUCAUAGCAGUGAGUCUACACAUGGAAAUAAGGCGUCCCGGUCGGAUCAAGAACGUCGUAAAGGAAUUGCUUGGACAGAGGAUGAGCACAGGUUAUUUCUUCUUGGUUUGGACAAAUAUGGGAAAGGUGAUUGGCGAAGUAUUUCAAGAAACUUUGUUGUGACGAGAACACCUACACAAGUGGCUAGCCAUGCACAAAAGUAUUUCAUUCGUUUGAACUCGAUGAACAAAGAUAGGAGGCGAUCCAGCAUACAUGACAUCACCAAUGUUGGCAAUGGAGAAAAUUCAGCGCCCCAAGGCCCAAUAACUGGUCAGACAAAUGGUUCUGCUGCAGGAGGUUCUGUUGGCAAAGUGGGCAAACUACCACCUCAUCAUCCUGCUGGACCCCCAGGAAUUGGUGUGUAUGGUCCCCCAACCAUGGGUCAACCUAUAGGAGGGCCCCUUGUUUCAGCGGUUGGCACCCCUGUUAAUCUUUCUGCCCCUGCACACAUGGCUUAUGGUGUUAGAGCCCCAGUACCGGGAACGGUAUCAGGAGUGUUACCUGGCGCACCAAUGAGCAUGGGUCCUAUGACAUAUCCAAUGCCACCCACAACUGCUCAUAGGUGAUAUGCAUGGUCUAGUUGCAGACUCUAUAAAGACAGAAGCCUAGUGGCGUGUUAACGCUGGGUUAGUGCCUUAGUGGCGCCUCCAUAUUAGCCUGAAUAAGAAUGCACACGUGCUAGCAAAAGUUGUCUGUCAUUUGUUUAUUCUGUUAGCAAAAUCAAAUAAGCCAAUAGGGAGGUAAACUAGAUGCAUUUGUAUAGGCAGCGGCUAUGGAAAAUAUGUCAGCAUUUAUGGCUAGGACAGCAAUUUAGAUGCCUUUUUUGGUUUUACAUUACAUUGUUUGGUUUCAUUAGUAGUCAGUUAAUGGUAUUUUAUUCUUAAUGGCCAAGGUUGUAAAGAAUCCAUAUUUACUUUUUUUACUGCUUUGAGUUGGCACAUAUUGUGCUUAGCCUAGCUA